AUGUCCGAGAUGGAUGCUGAAGUCGCCGACGACAUCCUGGCCAGGAUCGCCCACACUGAAUUCCCCAUCCCCGACAUUCCUUCGUCCCAACCGCCCGCCCGACCUUCGUCCUCGCGCUUCCUCACCCCGCUCCCCUCCUCGUCCGACCCGAUCGAUACGCCGCUCAGUUCGCAAGAGACCAACAACAAGGAGAACGAUGCCCCAACUUCAGCGCCACGCCCACCUGCUGGCGACCAUGUUGCUUCCUCGCCGCCCAAAGCGCCCUCGCCAAACCCCAAUGCGACGACCGAGGUGUCCCAGGCACAACAGCCAGUCCUUCCUGUCCCCGUGGCCGAAAUGUUGAACGGCGUUACAUCCCACCUGACUGCCAACUUCCCCGACUACCCGCCGCAUACCAUUCAGCGCCUCGCCGAGCUGGUCCUCAAGCCGCGCCCUCAGUACAGGAGCGUAGUAGGCUACCUGAAUGCGCUCGACCGCGUUGUCCACGUCACCAGUGGAGCAAACCUAUACCCAUUACCGCCCGCGAUCCCAGACCUGAGCGGUAUGAUGUCCAACGGAGGUCCUGCUUUGGACAAGGGCGCUCCCAGCCUUUCCGCGGCGAACAAUAUCGGAUCUGACGAGGCCCUGGGCGGCGCGCUGCUUACCCCCAUCCCGUGGUUGACUCGAAGGGCAAACGGCGACGGCGGUGACGACGACGGAAGCAUAAGUGACGCAGGCAGCUCGUCACCCUUAUCAGCCAGCGGGGCGUCCGACCCCAACACGCAGCACGAACAGCAGCAGCGAGCUCUCGCGCAGCAGUACAGCCACAUCACCUUCGCCCAGAGCUCCGUCAGUCCGCAGGUUCGUAAGGAGAGCACCGAGAUGAUUGAGGGCCCCAACGGCAUGGGAAGCAUAGAGACGGUAUCCAUCUCGGUCAACGGGAUUCCCUCUAUCGGAGCUGGCGGUGGCCUGCUGGGCCUCUCGCAGCAGCCACAGCGAGGCGUCACACAAGGAGAGUUGCUCAGGCAGGAACAGCGCGCGGGCGUUGUGCCCGUUAGUCAGGUUGCUGGCGGGAACAACGACAACAACACUGCUCAGGGCUACACAGCUGCUCAGACUACGCCCCUCAGCGCUGCCGCCCCUGGCGAAGGUCCUUCAGCUACUGCUACUACUACAGGUUCAUCGGUGGACGAAGACAUUGUGAUGGGUGAGAACUCGGAUCAUGAGGAGGAGCCGGAAGAGGAGGUGCCCCAUGCUCGCGGUCCGCAGGAGAUUGGACCAGAGGAUACCGGGCCCCAGAGCGCGAGGAGCAGCAUUGUCUUGUCACAUACGGGCGAAGUGGACAUGAGUGCGCUUGACGUUGAGGCUGCUGUAGGUAGGAGGUUACAGUCACCAUCAGCAACAGAAGCUACUAGGAGUGCGCAAGCAGAUGGCACCACGACGACGACGAUGACGGCCACCACCGCUUCAGAGAGCGGCAGCUGCGAUGCGGAGAACUUGGUCCCACCGAGCCCUAAGCGAGAGGCGGAGGGUGAUGAUGAUUCGGAGCUCGGCAGUACACACAAGAGACAGCGAACGGAGGAUACGGCUGGCACAAACACGGCGGAGGCUAGCAGCUCGACAACUGAAGUCACAAAAGCUGAUGGUUCGGAAGCAGCAAAAGAGGAGGAGGUGACUGCAGCAGGAGAGGAGGAGCAAGCGGAAGGAGGGGAGCCGUCAAAUCAACAGCAAGCGGAAGCGAGAGAAGAAGAGCAACCAAAGUCUUCCUAGUAUGAGAGAACGUUGACUCUGUUGGGUCCUCUCAACAGAGGGACAUAUCUCUUCCGAAGUCGUAGAAGAUAAUAGUCGAAAGUAAUCAGGAAGGUAAGAGGUUGUUGGAUGACACAAGCGACAUGUCUGGUUUACUUGAUUUG